GCCGCAGAGCCCCCCCGGGGGGGUCGGAGCCCCCCCCCCCCAGAAGAGGCUGAAGGCGGAUCCGGGCCCCCCCUCGGGCAAGAGCACCCCCCAACCACACUCGGGCAAGAGCACCCCCAGCAGCGGGGAGGUUCAGCUGACAGAGGAGGCCGUGCGCCGGUACCUGUCCCGGAAGCCGAUGACCACCAAGGACCUGCUGAAGAAGUUCCAGACGAAGCGAACGGGGCUCAGCUCCGACGCCACCGUCAACGCCCUGGCCCAGCUGCUCAAGCGCCUCGACCCCGAGAGGAAGCUCAUCGCGGACAAGAUGCACUUCUUCCUCAAGGAGUAGGGACCCCCAGAGCCAGGGGGAACCCCAAAAUCCCACAGGGAACCCCAAAACUCACAGCGACCCUCCCAGAGCCAUGGGGACCCCUAAACCCUGACAGGAAGCUCAUCGCUGACAAGAUGCACUUCUUCCUCAAGGAGUAGGGACCCCCCACCCACGGGGAACCCCAAAAUCCCACAGGGAACC